GUCGCAGUCAAUCUUGUGGGAAUGGCUGUUCUGGGAUCGGGGGUUGGGCCGUGAAUAGCGAACAGGGUCUUAAACAGUUUUUAAUGUCCGCCAUGUUGGUCAUGGCGCACUGAACCAAGGCAAGGGAUCAGAGCCAUUGGGAAAAAUAGAACGAGAGAGAGCGAACGAGAUCCGGGCCUUCCCGGUUUCUCUCGCUCCGUCCUAUUAUACAUACAGUUAAUAGAAACAUAGACUCUGGGAUCACGAAAUAAAACCUUUCAUGACGGCUGUAUUCAAAUCAGUGGUAAACAUUAGGAAAUCGGAUAUAUUUAUGCUGCAUCUCGUGUUAUUAAAAAAAAAAAAAAUGAGUAAGCUAUCGUUUCGGACACGGGCGCUGGACGCUUUCAAGCCUCUACCCGUCUUCCGUUGUGAGGAUCUACCUGACCUGCACGAAUAUGCUUCUAUUAAUCGGGCUGUGCCACAGAUGCCAACGGGGAUGGAGAAAGAGGAGGAAUCGGAGCAUCAUCUGCAGCGGGCGAUCUCAGCACAACAGGUAUACGGGGAGAAGAGGGACAACAUGGUGAUUCCUGUGCCUAAGGCUGAGAGCAACAUCACUUAUUAUGAGAGCCUCUAUCCAGGCGACUUUAAGAUGCCUAAGCAACUCAUCCACAUACAGUCCUUUAGCUUGGACACAGAGCAACCAGAUUAUGACCUGGACUUGGAAGAUGAGGUGUUUGUUACCAAGCUAAGGAAGAAAAUGGAAGUGGGGGCUCUGCAGUUUGAGGAGAUGUUCGACCGGCUGGAGAAAGGCACUGGGCAGCAGUUGGUGACUUUGCAUGAGGCAAAACUCCUUCUUAAGGAGGAUGAUGAGUUAAUCAGGGAGGUGUUUGAAUAUUGGAGCAAGAAGAGAAACUCAUGUCAAAGUGGCUAUCUCAUUCCAGCUGUAAAACAGGAGAAGCGAGAUGGUUCGAGCAGUAAUGACCCAUAUGUUGCUUUCAGGCGCAGAACUGAAAAAAUGCAGACCAGGAAGAAUCGUAAGAAUGAUGAGGUUUCAUAUGAGAAAAUGUUAAAGUUGAGAAGAGAUCUAAGCAGAGCCGUUACCAUCCUGGAAAUGAUAAAGAGACGUGAGAAGAGCAAGAGAGAAUUGCUGCACCUCACACUAGAGAUAGUAGAAAAGAGGAAUUGUAUGGCUGAUUUUGGGGGUGAGGUAAUGGCAGAAGUUCUGGCUCAGAAGCCGAUUAUUCCCUUGAUCCCCAUCAACACCAGUAGCCAGUACAAACAUGCAGAACAUGGCUGUGACUACAAGAACAAGGUGGACAAGCCAGAAGUGGUACGUCAGAAGAGGAAGUAUGAGAAGAAGCUGAGACCCUUGCUGCUGUCUGGUCACUCUGUUCCUGCAGCAGUCAACAGUAAAGACCUUAACCAGUAUGAUUUCCCCAGCUCAGAUGAAGAGCCCUACUCACAGCUUUUUUCGAGCUCCUCAGAGGCAGAGGAGGAGAAUGAUCCUGAUGGUGUGUUUGCAUUUAGACGCAGGUCCCGCUGCUACUAUCACUCGGUAUGUGGAGGGCAGGGUUCAUGGCCGUGGUCAGACCCUGCUGAGGGUGGUUUGGGAGAUGCUCGCUACCGUUACUCUUUCACCACACUCACCAUACCUCACAGAUGUGUGGGGUUAGCACGACGAAGGGUUGGAAGAGGGGGCAGGGUUCUGUUGGACCGGGCCUACUCUGACUGGGAUGCCGUGUAUCCUGGGUUGGGCUUAAGUUCUCCCACCCCCUCCUUUAGCCACCAGCCUUUUGGUAUGGAUACCUCACACACCAUUGUCCAGACCUCUGUCUCAGGUCCCUCUUCCUCCAACUCCUCUACAUACUCAUCAGACCUUUCGCAGAUCCUCCGUAAUAUUAAGGCCUGUCGCUGGAGGCACUUCAGACCUUGGACGGCGCUAAUCCCUGAUCCCAAUAACCUCCAGCCCUGCUCAGCACAGAAGCUGAACUGUGGCCUCUUCAGUCCGGCCAGAAAUCGAGUCAACAGCAGACCAGCUCUUCCCCCACCCACACCUGUAUUUACAAUUGAGCAGUUCCAUCACCAUCAGGAGCAGCUAGCAUUGAUGAAAAAACAGCAGCUGGAGCAGGCACAGCAGCAGCAUCGAAUCAAUGUCAAGACACAGACUUUAUCAUCAAAGUUCUUAGACUCUGCGAGUGCACAGUUUGCUGUGUCUGCACUGGUGAAUUCAGAACAGCUGAUGGCACUGAAGAGUAAAGAGGAAGGAAUUCUGGGAGUUGGAGUCAAUGGAGUUAUAUCAGUCUCAGGAGUCUAUAAGGGCUUGCACCACACAAGAACAACCUCCAUCAGUCCCAUACCCACCUCAAACCAUCAUCAGUGCAAUACCCCUACCUCCAAUCCCAACAAUGGAACUUCCUCAGUUAAUCACCAUGUUGGCUCAGUCAGCCCUGCCCCUGCACAGGUGCUAUUAGCUGGGGCAAUGAGAGUGGGUGUGCCAUCACCAGGUGCAGCAUUAAGUGUGCGGCGUCUGCAGCGUCAGCUCACGGUUCCAACUUCUGCCCUUAAACUUGCUGCCAGUGCCAACAGGCAGCUCCCUAAAGUUACAACUGGCUCCACCACCCUUGACAUGGGCACCAGGGAAAAUCAUGAUCAAGAGAAGCCAACAUUGAACAGUAUAACAGAAAACACUGUAGCAAUGGAGGUUACGUAGCACUGCCUCCUUCUUUUAUUGCCCAACAAUUUAGGGCAUUUAAUGUAGGUGCUGUGCAUCAGUGACAUUGUGUGUCCAUGGCAGCUGUUGGGACUAAACUGCAGUGUUUGCUUUUUUUUUUGUUUGUUUUGUCUAUGGUAUGUUUUGUAAAUUAUGAAAUAAGCAUACCGUAUAUUCUCUGUACAGUAAUACAUAUUUGUAAUAUUGCUCUUUGUAUAUAAAACCCUUACUUGAAUACGGAAAUUGUUCAGUUAUAUUUUGCACUUAACGAGUGAAGUUCAAAAAACUAACUGCGACUUCAUUGGCGUGAAUGGUGGUGUGUAUGUUCGUGUGUUGUGAGAUCAGAUGCAUGGUGUAAACCUGCGGUUUCAUUUAUUUAUUGUUGGUGUUUACAGGAAUUUUUAGUUUGUAUUUUUUAUACUAUACUGUGUAACCUUGGGGUUCUAUGUGGGUGUCUGUGUGUAUAACCAUAUCGUUUGUGUGCCAGUUUUCUUAUGAAAAGAUGCAGUUUUUUCCCCUUUGUACUACAAUCCCUCUCAUGGUCAUUUGCGUCAGUUUGUGUGCGCGACAUUUGUACACAGACACAAACUUUGCAGUUGCAGUCAGAAGUUUACAUACACAGACAUGAAUCAUGACAAGAUUGGGCUUUCAAUAUUCAACCGUUCUUUUUCUGGCAUAGAAUAUACAAAAUACAUCUUUUUAAAAAAACUGAAUUUGGUGCACAUCUUUAUUUUUAUGUUUUGAUCAACACAUUUUUUGAUCCUGUAUGUAUAUACAUAUUCCCAGUUAGAUUAUUAAUUCAGUGGUGCUCAAUGCUCCAAAAUGACUUAACUUGCCAAGGCUUAUUAACUUCCUGUUAGUGGUCAUGAUUGACAACAGAAAACGGUAAAUUCUCUCUGACAACAGAAAACGUGUUUGUAAAAAAAGGCAACACACAAUACAAUGGAAAAAUCCAAGGAGCUCAGUACAGAUCUGAGAAAGAGGAUCAUAGAUUUUCACAACGCAGGAAUGUCUCUUGGACCCUAAAGGCUGCAGAUUCAAAGGAUCACCAGUUCAAACAAUUGAAAGUACAAGUUAUUGGGAAGUGUUUGCCAAGGCACUUUGCUGGAAGAAGACCCAAACCUUUGCUCUCAAUGGAGAGGAAAUUCGUUCAAAUGGUCAGGAGCAAUCCAGGAACCCUCAAGUCUCAGGCCUGCCAUGAACUGGAAACUGCUAGAAAACUCCCUAUAGUCAAGCAAGUUUUACAUCGCCAUGGACUGAGAGGCUGUCUCAUCUCUCAUCUCAUCUCAUUAUCUCUAGCCCCCUUUCGCCCGUAGUCAGCUGGGAUAGGCUCCAGCUUGCCUGCGACCCUGUAGAACAGGAUAAAGCGGAUAGAGAGUGAGAGGCUGUCAUCCAAGAAAACUGACACCUUCAAACUUGACUAGUUAGCAGCUGACCGCAUGGACAAAAAGUUUUCUGGACAAAAGUUUUAUGGUCAGAUAAGACAAAGAUUGAGUUAUUUGUUCACAGUCACCAGAGCCACAGAGGAACACUGUACCAACUUAAGCAUGAUGGUGGUAGCAUCAUGGCUGUUUUGCUGCCAAUAGAACUGAUGCAUUGCAAACGCGAAUGGAAUAAUGAAGAACUUCAGAAUUCUUCAGCAUAGCCUCAGACCAUCAGUGAGAUGGUUGAAACUUGGACACAAUUGGGUGUUCCAACAGGAAAGUGAAUGGAUAAAGCAGAAAUGGCAUUCCCAAUGUCCUGACCUCAAACACUCCUGAAAAUAUGUGAACUGUGCUUAAAAGUGAGGACCUUGCCAGGAAACACAAAUUUAAUUAUUUGGCAAUUCUGUGAAGAAGAGUGUUCAAAUACUUAACCGGAAUUCUGCCAGAAGCUUGUUCAUGGCUACCAAAGCAGUCUGCUCAAAGUGAAAUUUCCUGAGGGCUAUUUAAUGUUAGGUAUGCUGUAUGUAUAUUUUUAACCCUGUAUAUACAACUUUGACUUCUUUUGAGUUCAGAA